AAUUUCUAUGUAUAUGUUUUAGGCAAGCUUUCCCUACUUUGUGUACAAACAAAGUUUCAUUCUCGUCUCUCCUUUUCCUAAUUCCUUGUUUUUCUUCUCCCCGUCACAACCACUCGUUCUUCACCUAUUUUUCUCUCACACACAACACAAAGAAGCUAUGGAGGGUCUGAUAAUCUCUCCAUCUUCAUCUUCUUCUCUAGUUUCCUUAACCCCUGAAACUCCACCACCAACUCUCCAACAAAGGCUUCAGUUCUUAGUCCAGAGCCAACCAGAUUGGUGGGCUUAUGCCAUUUUUUGGCAAACAUCAAACGAUGAUAAUGGCCACCUUAUUUUGUCUUGGGGAGAUGGCCAUUUUCAACCCACCAAAGACACAUCCCCAAAAAUAAGCAACGUUAACAACCAGUCCAUGUCUUCUUCGUCAAAUUUGGAGAGAAGAAAGGUCAUCAAGGGAAUCCAACAAGCAUUCGUUGGAGAUCAAAGCCAUGACAUCGAUAUGUCCAUGAUGGACGGCAGUGAUGUCACUGAUACUGAAUGGUUUUACAUGAUGUCUCUGACUCGAUCUUUCAAUGCUGGAGACAGUAUUCCUGGAAGGGCUCUUAGUACUGGUUCUUUGGUGUGGUUGACUGGUGGCCACGAAUUGCAAUUUUACAACUGUGAAAGAGCUAAUGAAGCACAUAUGCAUGGCAUUGAGACUUUCGUAUGCAUACCAACUUCAUGUGGGGUUCUUGAAUUGGGCUCCUCUGAUAUCAUCAGAGAGAACUGGCGUCUCGUCCAGCAAGUGAAGUCUCUUUUCGGGUCGGAUCUCACUGGCUUGGUAACCAAACAAUUAAAUCCAACAUCUGGACCAAUUCAAUUUCCCGACAGAAACAUCUCUUUUGCCGAUAUUGGAAUAAUUGCCGGAAUACAAGAGGAAGAUAUAACCCUAGAGGAGAACAACAACAAACAAGCAGAAAAAGGUAGUACUGUUAAAGUCGGACAAUCAUCUUAUGUGGAUUCGGAGCAUUCGGAUUCUGAUUGUCCAUUACUUCCAGUCAACAAUAUUAUAGAGAGAAGAACACCCAAGAAAAGAGGAAGAAAACCGGGUCUUGGAAGAGAAACACCCUUGAACCAUGUAGAAGCAGAGAGACAGCGGCGCGAGAAGCUGAACCACCGAUUCUACGCACUGAGAGCUGUGGUUCCAAAUGUGUCAAGAAUGGACAAAGCAUCGUUACUCUCUGAUGCAGUGUCUUAUAUAAAUGAACUCAAGGGCAAGAUUGAUGAACUUGAGUCACAUCUGCAAAGAGAGUUGAAGAAAGUGAAGGUGGAAACUUCUGAUAACAUGGAUAAUCAGAGCACAACCACAUCUGUGGAUCAAACUAGGUCUAGCUCUGGUGGAGGGUUCAAUCUCGAAGUAGAAGUCAAAAUAGUGGGCAACGAUGCCAUGAUAAGGGUCCAAUCUGAGAAUGUUAAUCAUCCAUCAGCUAAGUUAAUGGGAGCUCUACGUGAACUGGAGUUUCAAGUUCACCAUGCCAGCAUGUCAUGUGUCAAUGACCUCAUGCUUCAAGAUGUUGUGGUUAAGGUCCCUGAAAGGUUCAAAACUGAAGAAGGUAUCAGAUCGGCAAUUUUUAGAAGACUAGACCAGUAGUAAGAUUAUAUUAUUAUAACAACUAGUUUUAUGCACUUUAAUCUCUUUAUGUUAGAUGGAUGUUAAUUUUCAAGGCAGUUUUCUGUUUCCAUGUAUUGUAAGAAAUGGGGAUAAGAUGAAGUUAAUUUUUCUUUGUAUGUA